GCACUACACAGAAUCCAACCUAGAAACAGCAAGAACUAUGGCAAAAUCUACAGGAAAUAGUCUCUCUAUCAUCACCUGGAACACUUGUGGUGUUAAACCAACAAAACGCAGCCCAAAUAAAUUGAUUGAUAUAAUGAACUAUGGCAAGAAACAGAAUACUGACAUAAUCUUCCUUCAAGAAACUCACAUUGGACCUAAAUGCUAUAGAAAACUGAAACAACAUGGAUGGGAAGAGAUGGAAAGACAUUGGACCUCUUACUUUACAGUUUACUCUCCGAAUAGCAAAGGAGUGGCCAUACUGGUGAAUAGAGAACUAAAAUCACACUAUAAGUACAUCUGCCAUGAUGAAGAUUACGCUGGUGGCUACAUUGUGCUGUUCUGUCAGAUGUAUGGUCAACUCUUCACGCUCGUGAACGUGUACAAUCAUAAAGAAGACAAGCAAGUACUGGGGAGGCUGUCUCAGUAUCUUCAGGAGAUGAAGAUCGGAACUUUAGUGAUUGGGGGGGAUUUCAACACAGUUUUGGACCUUGACUUUGACAAGCGUACAGCAUCUGAACAUAGACGGCACACAUCCCUACGACCUCUCCUGCAAAGUUUCAUUUCCUCACUGAACCUCCAAGACACAUGGGCAAGACUACACCCAACAGAAGAAGCCUUCACUCGUUCUCGGAGCACCAGCCACUCCCGGUUAGAUAUGUUCUUCAUGCCACAGAAUAAAGCACACCAUGCUCUAACAUGUAAGAUUCACCAACCUAAUGUGAUUUCAGAUCACAAUCCUGUGUCUCUGAGAGUACAAGUAGAAUGUACAAUAUCACAGGUUAUUCCCAGAAAACUGAGCCAGAUAGGAGACAGUGAAACAACAAGAAGGCAAGGAAAAAUCAGUGGAGCUGAAGUCCUAGUGGCGAUAAAAUCCCUGACUGACUCAGGGUCGGAUGACUGUACACGAUCAACACUAUAUGAUUCAAGGUCAGAUGACUCCAGACAAUCACCACCAUGUGAAUUAGAUGAUUCAAGAUUAGAUUUAACACCAUGUGAUUCAAGGUUAGAUAACCUUAUGGAAAUAGAAAGAUUAAAACACUAUUAUAAUGAAGUACUCGCAGAGGGAAUGAAAAAUAAGAAAAUCCCUAAAGGAUUCAACAGAGAGUACAAAAUAUUUGCAACAAUACUUGCCAACCGCCUGCAGAUGUACUUGGAACCCUUAUUACAUGAAAAGAUCAAGAUACCCCUGAGUCCGCACUGCACUGUUACUUUGGUCCUUAAUGGCAAAUCACAGAUCAAUUGGAAGUUCUUAAGCAUUGCAAUUAAAUCAAUAAAGCCAAUCCCACUACAAAAUAUUCCCAAAGAGGACACCAUUUUGAGGAAAGUGCUUUCCCAGGACUUGGCUAUCUUGCGGAAGUUGCUUAUAAGUGUUGAACAUUCCUGUGUUCAUAAGAAACACCUACAUCAUGACUGUCCCCUCACCCCAGCCCUACUCAGCCUGAGUCUCAAAUACAUGGAGGACAAGAUUUCCAGUGUCAUCCCCAAUGUCACCACUAGAAUCAGCUACCAAAGAAGGAGUCUUAAGAUCUACAUAGACAAUCUGGGAGUACCCUCUUUGCAGGACUAUCUUGCCCACAUCAGAGAGCAGUCUGGGAUUGAAAUGAACCUGUUGUGGACAGAACCCCAUUCCGCCAGCGGAACCCCAUUCCGCCAGCGGAACCCCUAGCCAACAGCCAAUGGAACAGCAGGGCGCGAUAUUCAAAACAUAAAAAAAUCUAAUAAUUACAAUUUCUCAAACAUACGACUAUUUUACACCAUUUGAAAGAUAAACCUCUCCUGAAUCCAACCACCUUGUCCGAUUUCAAAAAGGCUUUACAGCGAAAGCAAAACAUUAGAUUAUGUUAGGAUACCACCACAGAAAAAAAACAACAACACAGCCACUUCCCUAGCAAGGACAGCCAUUUUCCAAGCAAGGGUAGCCGUCCAAAAGCACAAAACCAGCUAAAAUGAUUCACUAACCUUUGACGAUCUUCAUCAGAUAACACUCCUAGGACAUUAUGUUAGACAAGACAUGCAUUUUUUGUUCCAUCAAGUUCAUAUUUAUAUCCCCAAAAAAACUUUUACAUUGGCGCGUGACGUUCAGAAAAUGUAUUCACCCCAAACUCUCCGGUGAAUGGGCACCAUAAUUUACAGAAAUACUCAUCAUAAAUGUUGACAGAAUAUAUAACAAUUAAUUAAAGAAGUA